AUUCUAAAGCAGACCCAACCAGUCGCGGUCAAAAUGCCUUCGAGAUGGCACAGACUGCAUUUCUCAUCCUCUGGCAAUGUCCCCACUAUCUUGUAUCAAUUUACCUUCACUGUGGACGGAUAUGAGCUGUAUAUCACCGACCUUACAUACAUAUGGUCGGAACAUUUGGAUCGUAAAUCUAUACUGCGACGAGCAGAUGAAGACGACACCACCAUCGACCCCAGUGAGGAUAACGAUCAGCUCACAGUGCUACUACAGAAGAUAGAAGAGGCGCUGCAUCAUGACUCUGGGCAUAGUGCUGCGCUCAGCCGGGGCUCAGAGGGUGCGAGCCUGCACCUGCUCACCACAACAAAGCUCCCGGCUCCGCUCAACCCUCUCCGAUGGAGGUUUUAUUUGUCCCAGAACCCUCAUUCUGCGACCACUGACCGUCUGCUCUUGCCGCUGGUGAAAUCUGAGGCCGUAUGGCAAUCGCGGGAACAGGUUUUGAUCGACCAGCUCAUGAAGAAAGACUGGGUCUUAGGGAAGCUCUUCGACAAGCUCGAAACUCUAGGUAUCGACAUUGGCACAGUCUUCCCUGGCGUCUCCGGUCAUCGUCCGGGACAGAAAGACACGAUGCUGUCACAUACUGCCAAAUACAUCAAAGGGGUCGAGCCAUUCGACAAGGACUCCUGGAUUCGCGAGACCAAUGUAUCCUUUCCCGAGCUCAGCUCCGCGGCCAAUCUUGCCACGGAAGCCACUGGCUCCGGGGUUGGUGAUGCCGAUAGAGUGCGAGACCUCACUGCGCCAGCAGAAGGAUGGUGGAAUCAGCUCUCAACUGCAGUCGUCGACUCGUCGUCCGACAAUGAGCCCCGGAAGCCUGCCGUAGAGAAGCGCCAAUUUGAUGGUAGUCUCGAGACUGACAGUGACAGUGGGAAUGAGGAUGACGACGACGAAUUUGAGCGACAAGAGACACCGCCGCAUCUAAGACGCACCACAGCCAAGACGCCAAGUCCAAGCCCUGGUGCAGAGCCAAGCUCAGCAAGACACGGGACGAGAUCACCGUCAAGGUCGGAGCAUUUAUCAGUACAGAAGCCUUCUAAAGGUGGUGGUCUUGGUGUAAUCGGAGGCAGGAAGAGACCACAAUCGACAGAGAAGACACCGCCCUCUUCUGCUUCAGAGGUCGACAUCCCAGACCGGAGGGCCAAGCCAUCAGUACCUCCCCCCAGAGCAACAGAUAGCGAAGCAACCGCCUCUGAGACAGACGGAGACGACGACCUUUCACCACCCCCACCACCGAAACCGAAUGCACCAGCACCAGUCAAGCGCGGCCUUGGAAUCAUAGGCGGCAAGAAGAAAGAGCAACCACCAUCUCUGCCAUCAUCUCCAAAUCGGCAACCCUCUCAACCACUAUCAGACCAGCUGUCUGAGUCAAAGACCCAGACCUCGCCCAAACGGACCGGCCGGUUGGGGGUGAUAGGAGGUAUUGCACGCUCCACUAAGCGCACUGCGGAAUCUCAACCACCAACAAAUGCUGCGUCAUCUGCCAAAUUAGAACACUCGGAUGAUGCAUCCGAAGGAGCCACUACAGAACCAGCAGACCCGCGAGCAGCCCGUUCAGCAUCUCAGGAACAAAAGCCUGAAUUGACACCACCCGCGGAACAAGAGAAAGAGGAGAGUGAACUGCAGCGGGCCGACAGGAAGCGGGAUGAAUUGAAACGACAACUCGAGGCGAAGGCCAAAGCUCCAGCCAAGAAGAAACGAAAAUUCUGAACUUAGCUUUUCCGGAGACCACUGACUUGAGUUGAAAUCAUAGGACACAGCUUUGUGCUAGCUAGUUAGAAGUUGUUUUUUGGAUAGGCCGGCGGCAGGAAGACCGUUUCAUGGGUCAUCCACAUUACUACUACAAUGUAGGCGCAUUAUAUUAUGUACAGUCAU